UGCAGGGUUGCAUUUGUUCAGUCGUACAGAUGGAAAUAAAGCGCAGUUGUUCCAUAAAUAUCUGUACGGUUUCCAGUUCUUCCUGUGAAAGAUGUAGGCAAUCGCCCACAUUCUCUGUUCACUUAUUAACCAUUUCUGGAAUCCAGAUUUCGGGAAUGCAGAUGUUGUUCUUUUGUGCGCUUCGUUUCCGCACUGUCAUUAUUUCCGUUUCCACUCCGUGCAAAGUUAUUUCGAUUUUCGAAGAGUAGCACUGUGGUCGCGGACAGCAGGAACCAUCACUGUGAACUUUAUUGGAAAAUAAGUGUUUGACGAGCGCGAUGGGGGACAUCGAGGCUCCGGAGAGUAACCGAUCACGGGAGGCUGGAGUUCGCUCUCUUCUCCCGAGUAAAGAGUUCAUCUCCUCCCGAAAAGGACAGCUUCUGAUCGGUGAAGUGGUGCUAUCGUUUAUCAGUUUUGUGUGUUUUGCUGCCUCAACAGCAGCUGCCUUUGUCACAGCUCCCUUCAUUGAAUUCUUAGCAGCCCUCUUCCUACUCUUUGCUUAUUCUACGAAGUUCAACGAGAGAUUCAAGGGCUUUCACUGGCCCCUCAUGGACUUCCUGCGCUGUGUCAGUGCCUCCAUCAUCUUUUUCAUAAUCUCUAUAAUAUCUGUGUCAAAGUAUCCGGAUGGAGCCUCCAAGGCUGCUGGGGUCUUUGGCUUCAUUGCCACAAUAAUUUUUGCCCUGGAUUUUUAUUUCAUCUUUAAUGAACUGGCCAACUUUCUCAAAGGAGGUGAUCCCAAUGAACCACCCAAUACACAAGAUGAUGACUCAGACUCAGACUCUGACUAAAGCUGUGAUUGUGUCCGAGACAGGAUCUGGUAUAUGUGGCCUGAUUUAAAAAAACAAAAAAAAACAACAGACUGUAAUUUUUUUCUUCUUUCUCCAGCCCCCACAGCAGAAACUGAAUUGUUCAAUAUGUUACAUGUCACAGCAGUGUCAGAAAUGAACUUUUAAGAGUCAAUAUUUCCCACCUGAAUUUGAUUUUCAGGGGCAUUUCUACCUUUAUACAGGCUAAUAAAAAAAUAAAUAGAAAUAGAAAUAAAUAUAAAAAUUAAAUAUAUAUAAUUCAAUUUAUUUAUUAUGUUUCAUGGACUAAUUUGUAUACCUAAGCCUAGAAUAGAAUAUUAAGAAAUAUAUCAGAUGUUACAAAUAAAGCACAAAAGAAAUCAUUAAGGGGCUUGGGCAUUUUUGCCCUGAGCUACCGACCCUGUGUCUCAGAAUAUGAGCUAUAGUGUUCAUAGAAAAGUAUAUACUUUUAGGGAUUGUGAAUUUCCAUGCAGUCUAUGAUAUUUUUCCAAAGCUGUGAACAAUUCCAGUGAUGGAGCUUUACAUCAGUCAGCUUGUUGUCUGUUGUUUUUUAAAGAAAGGGCAGAAUUUUACCAUUUAUUAUGUCUAUGUGCUGCCUGUAAACAGCUUAAGCGUACUUAUUGUAUUGUUUACAUAUGUGUGAUUGCUUUAAACAAUUGAAUGUGUUUAUUUUUAUGUGUAAGCCUUUUCUAUAUCUAGACUCUGGAGGUUUUUUUUGUGUUUUCUGAAUUUAGAGUUGUAUAUUUCAAAAUACAUUCUCUUAAAACUGACACUGCAUGACCUUGGUGAUGAUGCCUGGUACUAGGGAUAAUGUUUUUUAUUUUAUUUUUUUUUUAAUGUUUUGCACCGAAAAAAACAAAACAAAAAAAAACAACAAAAAAUGUUUACAUCAUGUAGUAAAUAGCAGGUGGUUGGCUGGUCACAGCUGCCUGUCUCAUUUCCACAGGUCUAUAACUAAACUUAUGUCUUGCCAAAGUACUGCAAAAAAAAAAAAAAAAAAAAAAAAGAAACAUUUAAAAAAAACUUGUAGUGCCUAAUUAGCAAUAUACUGUCAUUACAUGUGCACUGCCCUGCAACUGAUCAUGUAUUAACAUUUAAAUGGGGGCUUCAGCAGUGCUUUAAGGCAGUGUCUCCUGCUUUCUUAUAUUCUCAGGCAUGCUACGUUUAUCCACAUAAAAUAUAUUCGAGUGUUGAUAUGAAGGAUUGAUAAGCUUCCAGGAUUGUUUUGGAAACUGUCAGAUUGCCACAACAAUAAAUAUCUUUUGUACA